AGUAGAGUAGAGUAGAGUGGUGGAGGCCCAGGGGUCAGAGGCGAAAGGCUUCCCAGCAUCCUCGCUGAUUGGCGAAGAGAUGACGGCCAUCUUGGAUUGUAGCGGGGAAGAAAGAUUGAUGCGGUGACACGAGGUAUGUUUGGUGCUAACCGGAAGAAGUUUAUGGAGGGAGGGGUAGAGAGCGACUACGCGGAUGACUCCAGCCUCUACUACACCCAACAGUCCAUGUUCCCUCCACACCGCCCUGACAAAGACAUGCUGGCGUCUUCCUCUGCUUCCUCAACGGGUCAACUGUCACAGCUAGGAGCCAGUUUAUAUGGCCCGCAGAGUGCUUUGGGGUUUCCCAUGCGUGGUAUGAACAGCAGCGCAGCGCCUCAGUUAAGUCGAAGUGGGUUGAACCAGUCUGCCAGCCAGCUCCCCAGUCAUGCCAGUACACCAAACACUGGCACAAUGCACACGCCACCCUCGCCGAGCAGGGGGAUUCUGCCAAUGAGCAGCCGGAGCGUGCUGAACCACAGCCAGCAGGUGGGGGGUCCGACGGGGCAGACGGGUGGGAUGGGAGGGGUUGCAGUGGAGAGGGGAGGUGGUGGCGGUGUAGGAGGAGGGAGGAGCAGCAGUAUGGGGAGUCCCAGCCGGUCGUCACCCAGCAUCAUCGGCAUGCCCAAACAGCAGCAAGCACGGCAGCCUUUCACCAUUAACAGUAUGUCAGGGUUUGGUGUGAACAGGAAUCCAGGCUACAACAUGAACAACUCCCUAUCCAACAACAUAUUCAAUGGCACAGACGGCAGUGAGAAUGUGACGGGGUUAGACCUGUCAGACUUCCCAGCGUUAGCAGACAGGAGUCGGAGGGACGGAGGCUCGAAUCCAACCCCGCUGCUCAACCCGCUGGCCGGUCGGGCUCCUUACGGUGAGAGACACCUGUUUGGCAUGGUAACAAAGCCGUCCAGUGAGCAGUCGCAGGACUUCUCCAUCCAUAACGAAGAUUUCCCAGCCCUCCCUGGGCCCAACUACCAAACAAAAGACCCCACCAGCACCAACGAAGACAGCAAAACGAAUCUGAACUCAUCAGGAAAGCCCACCUCUAACUCAGAUGGUCCAAAGUUCCCCGGCGACAAGAGCUCUGCGCCUAGCAACAACAACCAGCAGAAGAAAGGGAUCCAGGUGCUUCCUGACGGGCGUGUGACCAACAUCCCAAUCGGCAUGGUAACGGACCAGUUUGGGAUGAUCGGCUUGCUGACGUUCAUCCGGGCGGCAGAGACGGACCCCGGCAUGGUCCAUCUGGCACUGGGCUCUGACCUCACCACGCUCGGCCUCAACCUCAACUCACCUGAGAAUCUCUAUCCUAAGUUUGCAUCUCCGUGGGCGUCGGCUCCGUGUCGACCGCAGGACAUAGACUUCCACGUCCCCUCAGAGUAUUUAACCAACAUCCACAUAAGGGAUAAGUUAGCAGCUAUCAAGUUGUCUCGGUAUGGUGAAGAUCUGCUGUUUUAUCUCUACUAUAUGAAUGGAGGAGACUUACUACAACUCCUGGCUGCAGUAGAACUGUUUAACAGGGACUGGAGGUACCAUAAAGAGGAGCGAGUUUGGAUCACUCGGGCUCCGGGUAUGGAGCCCACGCUGAAGACCAACGCCUACGAGAGAGGGACCUACUACUUCUUUGACUGCCUCAACUGGAGAAAAGUGGCCAAGGAGUUUCAUCUGGAGUAUGACAAACUAGAAGAGCGACCUCACGUUCCCUCCACAUUCAACUACAAUCCUGCCCAGCAGGCCUUCUGAUUGGCUCUACCUCCUCCUGCCUGCCUGCCUGCCAUUGGCCCUCCUGGCUCGUCAGUCACCACCCCUCUAGGUUUUUCCACCUCCACACACUCAAAGUGAAUCUGGCCAAUAAGGACUCGGGACGGGAGAGGACGUACUGUCUCCUGCUGUCCCAAAAAUACGUCUCUGAACAGACUUUAUCAUUUUAACUCUUCUGAUUUCUGUUUGUUCUUUACCUCAUUUUCUGUUUUUGUUUUUUUUAUUUCCCACCCCUCCUCCAUGAGUUUGGUUUGGUUGGUCUGUUAUGUGGAGCACAGACGUAAUGUCAACAGACAGCACAGUUACAACACACACCGACACACGCACUGUAAAUAACUGUCCAUCUGAUCAUGUGAUCCAUGUUUCUAUUCAGUCUUAAGAAUCGACUAUUUUUGUCUAGAGAAGCUUUUAAGAAGAACCAGAUUUUAAACACAAUCACCCGUCAGGUGGAUAAUUAUUUCACACUGUGUCACACCUCUCUGAUCUUUGGCAGGAAAAUAUUUAUCUUUAUUUUUACCAGGAUUCUCCAGCAGCAUUACAAAUCAACAACACACACACACAAACACAUACACACACACAUACAUCAGCAGACAGCGGAGAGUCAGGAGAGGAAAUGCAAUGUACAUUGUAGCACUAUUUCAUAAUAAAAGAAGAAAAAAUAUCUUUUUUGGUUUGUUGAUGUUAUGUGGUGACACGUCAAGCAGCAUACGCUUCCUUUUUUCUGUUUUUAAUUUAAUGAAGUGAAGUUUAGCAGCCAGAGACACUCUGAAAGUCACUCUGAGUGGGAUGUGUUUCAGAUUUUAUUUAUUCACCUCCUAAAAAGAAAUCUGACAAUAUUCUGUAUUUCCUCUUAAAGUCAACAAAUCCCAUGUGCAGAUCUGUCAUCACUAAAUCAACUUGCCACUGUACUUUUUAGCCAACAAUUCUCAAAACAGGAGGAAAUCGUGCAUUUGUUGGGGACUAUUUUUAGCGGCGGGUGAAUCCACAUUUGGUGCUCUCGUGAGUUUUUUCUUCACCAAGUUGCUCCAUAAAAAGGAGUCCUGAUGAGGUGAAAGUAUCCACUAAUUACCAAGGAAAAAUUUAGAAUAAAUCCAUAUUAAUUAGGUGUUUUUAUCUCACAUAUUUUUGAUCAUCACAUUUAAAACUCUCCAUCUCAUCAAGUCAUUUAUUUCUAUGAUUAAAUCAUACACGGCUACACCUUCUGCAGAAUUUCCCAAUUAAUUAAUUCAUCAUUUUGGCUAAAAAAAAAUAGAAAAUAAUUUAGAAUUAAUUACAGUUUUCCAAAGCCAAAGUUGACAGCAUUAAUAUCUAAUUAUGUCCAGCAAAACCCAAAGAAAUUCACUUUACUGUGAUAUAAAACAAAGAAAAGAGGCAAAUCUUCACAUUACAGAAGCAUGAAAUGAAUUGUGGAUACUUUUGCGAUCAAAAAAAGUUCAAACAAGUCUGAAAGAAUUUCUGUGUUUCCAAAAGAAAUCUUCCCAGAAAAGAUAUUUAAAAAAAGAAAAUUAGUGUCUGUGUUUUAAGACAAGAAACAAUCUGACUGCUUCUCUAGAGUUUGAAACUUGAUUUUUGAAAAUACUCAAAAAAUAUGACUGUACAUCAGGAGAAGUAUUCUCACUGCGCUGGCAGAAGUGAAAAUCACCACCAAGUCACGCUGUGAUUGGAUCACUGAAACCAUUUGCUGACAUGGUCUGGGUCGCAUUUGACCACACGUCUUUUGUAGUGUAGAUGCUAGUGCAUCCUGACGGCCCCUGAAAAGGACGAUGUCAUCAAUACGAGACGUAGUUGUUUUGAUGCAAGUGCGCUAACUCUCUGUAACGUGCCCAUUUUAGGACAAGUUGAAUUAAGUGGUGGUUGUGCUGCUCCCUUAAAGCAGAAGAUUUGAAUUAUCAGUUGUCGACACCUCAGUCGACUGAGAGUCUUCAAGUAGAGCACGAGGUGUACUUCUGGGAAUGUUUUUUGUUCUCAGAUUAGCCUGCUGAGUGAGCGCGUCGUGCCUUCACGCUAGAGGAGAGGUUAACGUUCUGCCUUCUGCUAGGAAGUGGUGAAUUUGAAGCUCACAGCAACUUCAUAUGAUACAGUCUCUGGCUUUUGUUUCAUAUCUCGUGUCUGCAAGAAAUGUCGUUGCACAUUUGCGAUCCAUCAUUAGUGUAGUUAGCGCACAUUAGCUCAGAGCGCAAACGUGUCUUGUUUUAACGCCACUGUAAUCCCGAACAUCUCGCCAAACCCUGUUCAAACUCCAAAACUCGAUAUGGAAAAGAAGGAACAAAUAGUCGAAUAUUCUUAUUGAACGGUCAAAUCUGAUUCGACUGAUUCUGAGUCAGGCACAGCCCUCAGUUAGGUUAGAAUUUCUGUCUGGUUCCAGCAAAAAUCUUUGUAGAAAUUAGUUUAAAAGCAAAAUAGAAAAAGUCUGGUUGCUGCUUGAGAAGUAGGAGUGAAACAGUAUUUUGAAAAUACUUUAAAUUAAUUCAUUAAUAUCAGAAAGAAGUAGGAAUAUUCUUAACUGCACCAACACAUUUCUUUUACUUGUCUUAAGAGAAUACGACUGCAUGGACUCAGUAUUUAUUUUAAUGAGUAUUUGUCGCAGCAGGACGAUAUAUGUGGGACUGAGUCAAUAUAAACUACAGUGUGUGUUCAUGAAGGAACGUCCCCCAGUGUAACAGUGUGGCUCACUGAUGUGUUUUUAAUGGCACAGAGGAGGAAGAUGAAUCAGGCUGUAGAUAGACAAAGAAGAAUCAUAAAUCUGACGCUCUGCACAUGGGAUUAAAUGACAAGAAAAACAGAAUAACACCAGACUUACUCUUCAAAAUUAAACAACACAAUGGCCACAAAUUAUCAGAGUAAUAGAAAGAAAUGUGGAUUAUUUUCCUGACAUUAGUCCACAGUUUGGUGGAUUAAAGUACCAGACUAAAAUUAAAAACUUUGGCACAUCCCAUUCACACUGACGCAGCUCUCCUCCAGUUUUCACCAUGUUCUGUUUCAUGUUUGUUUUGUUUUUUAUCCCGACAUUACAGCUCCCUCCCUCUGCCAGUGAAGGACCCUUCUGUUCCUUCACCUUUUAAUAUUUAAGUUCUACUUUUAUUUCACUGCCCACUUUUAUUGUUUAUUUUCCGCCCGGCAACAGUUCAAACCAAUCAGACGGCUGGAGUGACCUCUCUCUGGAUCUUUAAGGGAAAAGUUUUGAGAAAUGCAUUUGUUUGCUUUCUUGUCCGGAGUUAAUGUUCAGAUUGGCUCAACUCUCAUUUCUGUACGUUAAGAAUAUGAAGCUACAGCCAGGAGACGUUAGCUUAGCUUAGCUUAGCUUAAAGACAAGUCUUCAUUUUUACAGUUCAAUUUUUAUAAAGAUUUAACAAAUGAGACAGACGGUAACAUUCAGCUUUAGAGGUGCUGUUAGGAGGAUUUUGUUACCUUUGGACAGUCUUUAUGCUAAGCUAACUUAGCCGGCUGCUAACGUCAGCUUCAUAUUUAUUGUACAGAGGAAGUUCAGCGGGCUUCAAAGCCAACUUUCGUAGCGGCCAAACGAUGACGCUGCAAUUUCCAGGGUCGGUCAUGUGAUGCCCUGCGGACCAGAAAGGACCAUAGAAAGGCACGUCUGUAGAUUAGUGGAUAAUUUUUGAGCAUCAGACCCCCAUGAAAUGAUCCGUCUCACUAUCAAGAUUUGAUCCAUUUGGUCUGAUAAGAUUUGGAAAGCCUAGAAGAGCCACAAAACUAAGUCAUUGUAUCCCCAUUCAAGCUAACAGAGCACUAAAUCAGAAGUUAGCUGUUUGGCUGCCGGAAGUGAAACUCUUGGACGCUAGUGCGUUUGCUCUGUGGGCGGCACAGUGCAAAAGUAGCACCGUUUGUCCAGGUUAUUUAUACGCAGUAGCUGAACCAUUUUGGCUUCAUGUGCCACUGAGGAACUUUCAUAGGAAUAAACGAGGCCCCGUGUUCGACUCUGUAUCCUGGGGUCUCAUUUAUAAACUCUGCAUACUACGCACACCACUUCCCUCGCAAAGGUUUUGAUGUAUAAAAACAGUAUUGAUAGGGGAAACUUUGACCCAGGCUUACGAACAUUUUGGAUACAGGAAAUUAGCGAUGCAUAUGGUGAGGUGGAAGCCUGAUUGUAGAAACUGUCAAGUAUUUUUUGGUGCACGCCAUUUUUGGCUUUUUUUUCAUACAUACAUUUUCAGUAUGGAUCCUACGCACUGUUGUAUAAAGGAGACCCCGGGUCUCCUAAUACUUCCAUGCGUGAGAGUGUUAUCAGUCUGAACAUCUAAUCUUGGCAAGAAAGCAAAUGACAUUUCCCCAAAAAUUUGCACCUUCCCUUUAAGGAUCAUUGCCACUCCACAAAAACACAAUGUCUAGCAAAAAAGUCCCAGUAUUUAGGCUAAAUAUCACAAUUUUUUUUCUUUUUAUUAUUUUUAAAAUUCCUCCAGGAGGCACCAAUGUACAUGUAUGUUUGUAUAUUAUAUAUUGGAAUAUAAAUCUACAAACAUACGAGGCAGUAUUUUUAAGAAAAAGAGGAAAAACAAAAAAUUUGCCUGAAACGAGGAGACCCUCUCUUUGCUGGCCACCAGUUAACGAUGCAAUACUAGACUUCCCGUUACCACGGAAACCACCAUGGAGACGGUUUUACAGGGGACCAUGCUCGACAACCACCAACAACCACCUUUUAGCAACAACAACAAGGACGUGACCGUGACUACAGGGCCCAGUUCGUUCACACUGCAGCAGCAAAAAGCCAAGGACACGCCCACAGACCCAUGUGACCUGUUUUGAGAAGAUUUGAUUGGAGGAUUGAGGACUGAGGCACUUGGCCAGUUUGGCUGUUUUAUUAAAUAUGGCAGCUAGUGUUUUAAUAGGAAAAAGAAUAAAAUAAAUAUUCUGGUAAUGAAACUGAA